CCCGCGGCCGACGGUCCGUUGGAGAUCCAACUUGAAGUAACAAGGCUAUAGCAACUUACUCAUACGAGGCGAUAUCGUAUGUCUGGGGAACUAAGCCUAAGUUUACCGCUAUACCGAGCCCUAGCGGGCCCAUUCGCAUUGCCCAGAAUCUUGCCGAUGGACUGCGUCGUCUGCGGCUCUUCAGCACACCUAGAUACGUCUGGGCUGAUGCAAUCUGCAUCAACUAGAAUGAUGUCGACGAAAGGAGCAAUCAAGUGCGCCUAAUGCGUAUGAUUUACAAGCACGCUACCCAGGUUCUCGUCUGGCUAGGCGAGGAU